AUGGCAGAUAUCUCGUUCUCUAGUCGUGCCUACUCUAAGAUCAUAUUACACGCAACUAAGUAUCCUCAUUGUGCACUAAAUGGUUUAUUGUUAGCGAAACAAAAGAACAAAAGUGAUAGCAAGUCCGUAGAGUUACGUAUCGAGGAUGCGAUUCCACUGUUUCAUAUCUGCCUACACGUCUCGCCUAUGGCGGAAAUUGCUUUGACUAUGGUUGAUCAAUUGGCUACGAGUAAAGGUUUAAUUAUUGCUGGUUAUUAUCUUGCAAAUGAAAAUCUAAGUGAUUUAAGUACAGAUAAGCCUGCUCAUAGAAUUGCAGACAAAAUAGCAGAAAAUUAUGGAAAUGGCCUACUUGUUGUGAUAGACAAUAGAGAAAUAACAUUUGGUAUGAACUCAAGUCCUUUGAGAGUAUCACAAUUCAUGGAUGGCAAAUGGAAGCUGAAAGAUGUAACAGAUAUCACAUAUGACAAAGGAAUAAUACAUACAAAUGCUCUGUACAACUUAUUUAAAGCAAAGCAGUAUAGAAAUCUUAUUGACUUUGACAAUCAUCUUGACAACAUUUCCCUUGAUUGGCAAAAUCGUAAACUCAAUAAGAUCAUAGACGAGGCUGUGGAAAAAUAUAAGUGA